AAAUUCAUAGUAAAGUGAUACCGUAAAGACACAUUGACGCCUAAUCACCGGCAAGGGGGAGGGACUCCAGAAUUAGUUAAUUCGAUGAUUGUGUCCAGUCCCUAGACGUCGACCGAGCGUUGCCCAAACUGGUGUAUUAAAAUAACUCGAAAUACAGUUCGAUCUAUCGUGUUUCGUCAACUAUUUGGAUAACGGAUAAAAUCUUUAUUGAAAAUGCAGGUGUUUGGGUCACUCGCCAUUGUGGCAGUUUGGUGUAUAACAGCGCUUUCAGCGCUUCAGAUGUCGGACGUCCAGCUGGAGCGAACGCUGGCUGACCGCGGGACGAUGCAGCGACACAUCCGCUGCGCGCUGGGCGAAGGACCCUGCGACCCUGUUGGAGUUAGACUCAGGACACUCGCGCCGCUCGUUCUCCGUGGUUCGUGCCCACAAUGCUCGGCGCAAGAGACCCACCAGAUCCGUCGCACGCUCGCUUUCGUCCAGCGAAACUACCCGUGGGAGUGGGCCAAGAUCACAUUCUACGUACUCGUUUUAUGCACGCUAGCUGCCACCACAUACGCGGCCGACACUAGGCCGGCGGUGUCGGACACAGCUCUGGAAGACGCGCUCAACGACAAGCGGUUCAUACAAAGACAACUCAAAUGUGCGCUCGGCGAGGCACCGUGCGAUCCAAUUGGAAAACGAUUAAAGACACUGGCGCCGCUCGUGCUCCGCGGCGCAUGUCCCCAAUGCUCCACGCAAGAGACGCAACAGAUCCAGCGCACGCUCUCUUACGUGCAGAGAAACUACCCGCAGCAGUGGGCGAAACUUGUGCGCCAGUACUCCGGUUAACGUGCUCAAUUUAAAGUGGACUGUUAAGCAAUAUUCUAGUUAAACAAAAGCCAAACUCGAUGUAAAAUGUUUAUCAACAAACAAAUUAAAAAUGAAGUGAAAAUCGCUAGGCAUUUUACACUUUGAUAGUAAUUUCAACAUGAUUUAAUUUUCUACUCUUGCUCAAAAACACUGUUAUAUUACCACUCCACAGCGGGGCUAAACAAGCAUUUCAGCCUCUAGGGGCUAAACUAAUUUUGUUUUUUUUAAUUAGUCUGUUACGAGUACAAGCCUUUCAUAAAAAUACCUCGUAUAUAAUGGGUCUUUUAGCCCCUUGUGUAACAAUCUACUAUUAAUAACAUUACAAUGAUUAUUUUAUACUACAGAUAUGUUACGUGACAUAUUUUUUUAUUAGGUAAGAAAUGACAUGCGUUCCUACCUUCUUUUUUUUAAUUUUUUCUUGUCGAUAAAUAUUUUACAUGGAUUUUGACUUUAGUAUAAAAUAGGUAUGUCAAACUAAGUGUCAAAUUACACAGUGUGAGAUAUAUAUUUCUUGCUAUAAAACGACAUACUCUGAUGUUACUGUGCGUAAGACGAAAUGUACUUGAAAGUUAAAGGGAAUUACAAUUUUCCCUUAUUUAUUGAAAAGUAUCUGCCAAUAAUAAAAUAAAUAAAUAAUCUGGUUAAAUCUGAAAAGAAAAAAUAUAGAUACAGUUUUUAUAAUCGCAUUAGAUCGUUGAUCAUAUACUUUGACAGAAAAGUAACGUCUAACGAGGCAGGUCCUAUAUAAUAAUUGGUCUGAGUUCCAAUAGUAGUUUCAUUAAAUACAACCUCAUGGUUCAACCCGGCGUUAGAAAUAUAUUAUGCCCUCAUCUGUUAUUCAUUAGUGAUUAAAAAUAAAUGAUACAUCAUACAAAAAGUUUACAAUGUCACAUUGCAAAUAGGUUGCCUAGUUAAAUUGCGGCCAAACACAUGCAAAAUACAAAAUAUAGGAUACCAUGAACUAGAUCAAAGGCAACCUAGUACAGUUAAAUUAAACAUAAGCUUUCAUUUGACUGCAGGGUUAUUAUGUAACUCGGUGUACCAUUCAAGUAAAUAAUUAUGCAGUUAAGGUUAUUUCGAUUUCGAAAACACAAUGUUAGAUGAUUGCAAAAACGAAAAUACGAUGAAAAACGACGUAGUGACUGAUCACUUGAAUGGUACACCGAGUUACAUAAUAACCUUGCUGGUCAAAGAGCCUAGUGGCAGUUUGAUACUGUGACGAUCGCGAUAACGUAAACGCGAAUUUCUAAGGAAUUGAAACAACGCCAUCUAGUGGCAUUACUGCACAACUGUUUCAAUUCCAUAUAAAUUCGCGUUUACGUUAACGUGAUAGUAACAGUAUGAAAAUAUUGAAAACUCCCACUAAGCACACAGGGCUCUAGAGUGAGGAAUCUACUCACAAUUCACGCCGUCUCACGAAUCACUGUCUUCUGUAUCCGAACUUAAUCCAGCAGAUAAGCGAAAGCUUCGGUGUUGGUUGAAGCUUGCACACAGCGAAAAUUAUAAUUGGUGCUUGACUAUUGGAGAAUCAUAAUUGUGUUCGUACUUCGUAGCUACUUGUAAAUAUUAUGAAUAAAAUUUUUAUAUUUAAUCAGUAGGAUUCAUUUAAAAAUAUAUUUAUUUUGCUUAUUUUUUUUAGACAAAUGCCUUUUUUCUUAUCAAUAAUUAUUUGAUAUUAUAUUUAGUGAAAUAUUUAUCGUAUUUGUAAGAAUAAUUUAUAAUAUAUCUGCAGUGGUAUCAUUUAAUUUGAUGUUGAAUAAAAUUAAUAUUAAAGUGAUAUACGAGUAACUAUGAGAUUUUUCAUUUAAUUUUAAAAUUACAAAAAAAUGUAUUUCAGACCCUAAGAGUUUUUCAUUUGGGAGGUAUUUCAUUUCAUACAAUGAUGUUUCUUUCAAUCUUGCGAUCAAAGUGACCCUCACAUUUCGUCACUGGCUAGUAGAUUCGGAGAAAAUUUACUGAGAAGGAGGGACUCAUGAGUAAGACUAUGAGGGCUCCGUUUUAUAUCAGGAUUACGGACGUACGGAUCCGUAAAAUACCUUAAACCUUCAGACCUCAGACUUUUGGACUGGUAUCGCACUGAAAUUCAACAACAAAAUUGUCUAUCGUUUUUUGAGGGGGACGAGGACCAAGGUAAACUCACACCAGGGUGUAAUCAGUCUGUACAUUACGACCUCAGUACAAAUUGCAUAUGCCUCCUUAAUUCCCUAUUUGCUCAAUAGAUGGCGCUUUAAGGCACUUUGACCAGCAGGAUUCUGAGGUAAUCUUAAGCCAGGUAUUAAAAAAAAAAUAUAUAACCUUGUGCGGCUUGUGACAUUUUGUUUAAUUUUGUAGACGAAACGGUUUUAUUUCGUCUGCUUUCUUCAUAGUGUUUUUGGUGUGAUUUUGGUGACUGUUAUAAAUCGUUUUGACCUGUGCUUUACUUUGGAUUCCGAGAACUCUGUUAUAUAUGUUUUGUCUUGAGAUUUAGUAGAGUUCUUUUUUAUUUUUUCGUGCAGAUUUUUUACAUUUGAUUUGUGUAAGUCAACAAAUAUUUAUUGUUAAGCGGUACUACUAGAGGUUUUGACGAAGAUGACUCUAUUCAAAGAGACGGAGUUGUUUAUGUUCACAAAAGGAGAAACAAUAAAUAAUUAUAUGUAUCCCA